AUGAGCGCUGCAGACAUUGCAUACAAAUCCAAAAAGGAAGCAUUGAUGAACAAAAUCACAAAAAGAAAAUAUGAAGAACUUGAAUUCACUUGCGAAGACGAAGAAGCAAACGAAGUAUUUAGAAAGCUUAUUAUUAAGGAAAAGGAAGGAUAUCCUGAAGAAUUUUACCAAAUAUACACUUUGCGCCAUAAGGAGUAAAUUGAAAAGUCGAAUCUAUGGAAAUAUUUCUACAAAAUGCCAAAAGGUUCAAUCCUCCAUCUUCAUUUCGAUACUUGCAACGAUAUUGAGUGGUUCUUUGAGACACUUGCAUUUUUGGAUACUACAUUUUUCAAUCCUGAAACAAAUACCUUCAAAUACUUUAAAAGUAAAGAGGCAGCAGAAAAAGGAUUCGAGAGGCUCUCAGAGAUAAGAGAUAAACAGGAAAACAAAGAAGAAUGGUUGAAGAACAUUAAGACCAGAUUAAUUGUGAUCGAGGAUGAAGUAACAGACAUGACCAGACAUACAUGGGAUAUAUUUGAAACAAAAAUUUAGGCAAUGUGGUAAUUAAUUCUACACAAAGAUUACUUCAAGUAAUACCUCUAUAGAACAUUUGAGCAUUUCAUUAAAGAAGGAAUCUAUCGUAUAGAAGCUAGAGCUUUCCUCUAGUCUUUAUUUGAUGAUGACCAUAAGCAAAUUCCAUUAGAAGAAGAAUACGCCAUCUUUUAAGAAGUUAUUAAUAAGGCCAGAAAAAAUUUAAACCCUAACUUUUCUUAUAGCAUAAUUAUUUAAGGCUUAAAGUGUUGGGAUAAUUAAUAAGUUGAAAACUACAUGGCAUAAGCUAUUAAGGCAAAGAAGUAAUACCCUGACUUUUAUAUUGGCUUCGACCUUGUAUAGGAAGAAGAUGGAUACAGAAUGAUGGAUUCUUUUGCUCCUGCUUUAUUAAAGAAAAAGGAAAUUGAAAAAGAAUAUGGAGUAGAAUUACCUUUCUUAUUCCAUGGUGGAGAAAGUUUGAAUUUCUAAGAAAAUAGUAAUUUAGUUGAUUUAUUAUUGUUGGAAACAAAGAGAAUAGGUCACGGCAUUAAUCUUAUUCAUCACGCUUACUUGAUGGAUUAUAUUAAGAAUGAUAAGAUCUGCAUCGAAGUUAAUCCCCUCUCAAAUCAAAUUUUGCGUUACAUUUCUGAUCUAAGACUCCAUCCUGCUAAAACAUUUUUGAACUAUGGAAUUAAGAUCUGCAUUAAUCCUGAUGAUCCAGGAUUUUUCGGUAUUAAUGGAAUCACUUAUGAUUUCUAUACUCUUACAUUAGCUUAAGAAUUUGAUCUUAAGGAUUUGAAGUUAUGCUGUUUUAAUAGUAUUUAAUAUAGCUUGCUAGAAGAAUAACAAAAGCAAAAAUUAUUGAAAUACUGGAACGAAGAAUGGGAUUCUUUUGUUAAAUAAUUUUUAGUAGAAUAAGCAGAAUAAAAAGUAUGA